UGAGGGCGCGGACCCACCGAUCCCGGGUCAGCUCUGACAGAAACGCGCCGUACAGGAAGUCCGAGUCGCUGUCGCUAGCUGCUGCGGUCUGAACUCGUAGAUGAGCGGACGAACUGCGAGUAAAGUCACAGAACCUCGACCUGAGCCCGGUGUUUUCUGAGCUGUUUCCCUCCAGCGAUGGACAAGCUUCGUCGUGUGCUGAGCGGCCGAGAGGCGAAUGAGGAGCUGGGUCUCACCGCUCAGGUCCUCGAUGCCUCCACUCUCAGCUACAGCACCAGGGUGAAAUGGUUUGUCAUCUGCUUUGCUGGAGGCAUCCUGUGCUCCAUACUCGGCUCAGCAUUGUUGUUCCUUCCCAAUGGAAUCAAGCUCUUCGCUGUGUUCUACACAAUAGGGAAUUUAGCAGCUCUUGCCAGCACCUGCUUCCUGAUGGGACCACUGAAUCAGCUGAAGCGCAUGUUUGAACCAACACGACUGAUAGCCACCAUUGUUAUGCUGCUCUGCCUUGUCUUAACACUUUGUGCAGUGUUUUGGUGGCAUAAACGGGGGCUGGCUAUUAUCUUCUGUAUUAUGCAGUUCUUGGCAAUGACGUGGUAUAGCAUCUCUUACAUUCCAUUUGCCAGGGAUGCUGUGAUGAAAUGCUUCACAACCUGUCUGGGUUCAUGAUUUCCUUCUGAAGACUGGUCCUAAUAUGCAAACUGCAAGAACAGUGGCUCCAUGUAAUCCUGUAAAAUCCAUCUUGUUUAUACACUUUAUCUCCAAAUUUUUACUGUGGCUGUUUCAUACUGUGAAUUUUUGCUUUGUUUUAGGUCUAUCAACCAUAUAUAACAAUUAUUAGAUGAUUAUCAGUCUUCUGCCUUUGAUGUGAGAGAAAUGAGUGCCUUUAAUGCUUAAUAUAUUUAAAGAUAUUCCUAUAUUUUCUGAGGAUUUUAUACCAUUUAAAUGCAGGGAAAUGAUUUAGAUUUUGCGAUACAUUGUAAUCUACAACGCAAGUGCCUUAACAUUGUGUGUACACAGAUCUGUUGACAUAUUGACCAAACCAUACUUAUUUGCAUCUUUUACAGUGUGAACCUCUGUUUCAUUUUGGAUUUUUAAAGGGUGUAAUAACUCACACACAAGCAUCAUUAAAGCUCAUUGUCUUUCUGUUUCCUCUGAGACACUGAUGUAUAAA